CCCACUCGUGACCCCUCCUCUUCCCAGUCUUCUCCCCCAUCUGAAUACUUUUGUCCCCUUCCCUUCUCCCACCACCAUUGUAUCUAUAUUAUUAUUUAUAAAGAACACUAAUAAAAGGGCACCAGUCCCUCACCACCCUCACUUGUUCAAGGCUGGUGCAGACUGGUAAGAGUAGAGGAACGAAGGAGAAGAGAGGAGUGAUGAUGGAGAGUGGAAGCAGUGCAUUUCUGAGGCAGCUGAGCUCUGGUGGUGGGAGUGAAGGCUGGGACUAUUACUAUUCCAAGGGUGGUUCUAAGAGGUGGGGGAAGAAGGGGAAUAAAGAGAGGCAAGGGAUGGGAGCCAUGGGAGUUGGAGGUGGAGGAGAGAUGAUGGUGGCGAAGAAAAGGGUGAUGGUGGUGAUAGACGAGAGCGCGCGGGCGAAGCACGCCAUGAUGUGGGCGCUCACCCAUGUUGCCAACAAAGGCGACCUCCUCACCCUCCUCCACAUCGUCCCUCCCCAGCACCACCACCACCACCACCAGCACCACCCCAGAGGCGGCGCAGGUGAGGAGGCUGCCCGCCUCGCCAACUCCCUCGGCUCCCUCUGCAAGGCCUGCAAGCCCGAGGUGGAGGUGGAAGCCCUUGUGAUUCAGGGACCCAAGCUGGCUACUGUCCUCAGCCAAGUCAGGAAGCUGGAGGCUUCUGUUUUGGUGCUGAGCCAGGGCAAGCCUUCUCCUUUUUGUUGCAUGCGUAGAAGCAGCAGUGAGGAUUUCGUGGAGCAGUGUAUCAACAAGGCGGACUGUCUGACGCUGGCUGUGAGGAAACAGAGCAAGGGAAUGGGAGGUUAUCUCGUCAGCACUCGAUGGCAGAAGAACUUCUGGCUCCUGGCUUAAAUGACCCUGGCUUCGUGAUAAAUCUCAGUUCUCUAACAAAAAUAAGCUCUGCUGCAUUGUGCUCAUCUCUUGUAAAGCAAGCCCUGACCUGAUCGCAUCCCCAUAUGCCACUGUUGACAUUUAUCAUUCGCUGUAGCCUAUGUUUGACUCAUUGUUUUCCAUUGUUACAUGGCAUGUUCAAGUCCGGUGGAUAUGUUGUUUCCUUUCA